AUAGUUUUCGCACGCUUCUCGAAACGAUUCGUGGAGAAUCGCAGUAAGCUGCGAUUUAAUACUGUCCAGUAGCGAAUACAAUCCAACCACAGUAGAAAGGACCGGGCAAAUUCUGUGUACUACCUUCGGACAGUAUCGUCAAAACAAUACUAAUCACUGGUUCGAUUACCCACAGCAAGAGUCAGGAGUAAUGCCAAGGUCAGGUUCAUACUCAUGCGCUCAUGAUUUUCUGCAUUGGUUUCAUUGCGCAUACACCCACGAAACCUAGUACUACAGGUUACUAAUUGCGCCAAGUGUAUUUGUUUGUUUACGCCUAGCGUUAGCAAAAAAAAAAAUACUCUCUCGAACAAGUAGUACAUCGUUUCAUCGUUGAUAAUCACCACCAGUGAAUGUACGAACAAACACGAUGCUACACAGACUAUCAGUUUUUCUCUCAUUCGCUCUUCCUCUCCGUUUCGCUCGAAAGCUGUCAGCUGAUGGCAAUCGGAUGGUUGUUCAGUGCGACAUGUGUGACCAUACAGAAGCAAACGUUUUCACAGUCUAAAAUUAUCGUUUACCACGGCAGCAGACAAGCGGCCAUGCAUCGUCUAACAGUUGAAUCCGAUCCCAAUGGCAAGCAGGACAAAACUGCUAGCUCAGCAGAAGUGAUGCACAGCCACGAGAACAGUCGCAAUUUGAAGCAAAUAGUUAAACGAUGGAUCAAUUCCGACCGAUUGUGCUACUCGAUCGAGUUGAUCGCGAAGGAAGAUUUCGUGCUGGACUUGAGUCACCUGCAACCGAUGCCGUUGUUCUGUUCGCUACCCUGGAUCUCCGAUAACAACCUCCAGUAUCAGCGCUUCGUCGACACACCGAUGAUGAAGAUGACCGCCAAAAUCGUACCGCACUGCACUGUGAUGAACCAUCUGUCGUGUUACAACAUCACCGAGACACAGGUGGACAAGUUUGUCGAAAUGGGCAACUGGAACCUGUUCGUUAUUCGAGGAGAUGCCGUGAGUGAAACCCAGAGAUUCCAGCAUUCUUCCGAUCUGGUGAAAUAUUUACGGGACAAAAACAAUCCUGACUUGACCAUAGCCGUCGGGGGAUAUCCGUACGUGCAUCCGGAGUCGCCGUCGAUGGAUUAUGACGUCAAGUAUCUGAAGGAAAAGGUCGAUCUGGGUGUCGAAUUCAUCCUCACACAAACGCUCUACGACGCUCCCUCCUUCGUGAACUACGUGGACGAAUGCCGUCGAGUUGGUAUCACCGUUCCUAUAGUGCCGGGUAUCUUCUUGCCCAGUUCUUACCAGCAGCUGGAGACGGUCCUCGGUUUAACACGGGUGAACCCCCCGAGCGAGGUGCUGAGUUUGCUGCAGAGCCAUGCCCAAGACGAACCGAGCCAGUUCGAAGCCUUCGUUGUGAGCCACUUCAGUGGCUUGGUGAGGACCCUUCGGCAGGAACGGCCGGACGAGGUCAAGUUGGUGCACUUUUUUACCUUCAAUCGGUUGGAUUUGCUCAAGAAAAUAUUAAAUAAUGUAAGUGAUUUGCUUUGAACGUGUUUCGAAGAGUACGCCGCCGUAGUGCCUUAGCAUAGUAUGAAGAACGUCCAAUGACAAAACGGAUGCAAAUGAAAUAAAGCGUGAUCAUACCCAGGAA